UUUGUUUGAAAUUACUAUUCUGCUGAUUAAAAUUUCUUGCUUGUUUAUUUAUAUGAUUUGGUUCAGAAGUAGCUGAUUGGAUAGAAUGUAAAUGUUCUAUCAGUUCUUCACAACUGGAAAUCGAAGAUACUGCCAGUGUCAUGCGAACAUUGUAAGGAAGCUUUUUUGAUAAGAUGUGGACCAGUGAUGAAUCAGCUAGAGAUUCGUCUAACUGAUAGUUUCUAUACAUUAAAUCUGUUAUAAAAUCAGUGUAGGAUUGUCUAUUUUUACUAUCGUAAGUGCAUAAAAUAAUUUCUGACAAUGCGUCCAUCUGUUUACAUUUACUCCAAUACUGUUGCAGGAACUGGGAGAUGAAGUCCUCCAGGCUGUUGAUAUCUCGCAUCCGGCUCUGGAAAAACAUCAGCGGCUCGCCGAGUAGUAGACUGGAUAAUUGGAAACGCCACAUUAACCAAGAGGUUGGUGGCGGAUGGCGGUUGACUGGCGAUAUCGGAUGGCGAUUGGGUGGCGAUAUCGGAUGGCGAUUGGGUAGCGGCAUUCUCCGUUCCUUCGGCGACGCUUGGAGCGAUCUGCGGAGACGCCGGUACCGGGUUGGACGCCCUCACUCCCUCAUCUCCCUCCGCCGGACUCUCAUCGGAAUUAAUCGCAUCGACGACGUUAUCAAUCUUCGUAGAAGACAAUUGGGCUAAGUUUUGCGGGUCGAAACUGAUGGAGCAUAUGCUGCCUCCCUCUCUCUCUCGUGGGGUCUCCGCUGCAUCGUCCUGGGGCUGUUGAUUUGCCGGUGUCGUGGCUACAUAGUUUUGGGGAUGUUCGCUGAAGUAGGAAAUCUGCGAGUUAGCUGGCGACUGGUUCAUGGUGACGUUAUUAUGGAAAACUUCGAGUAAAUAGCCAAGUGUGUUGCCAAGUCUCAGGAAUAUUAAAAUGGAUUCAGUGAUAGUGCCUAGUCUGGAUAAAA